AUGAAGUUGACAACUUUCUGCGCCUAUGCGCUCGCAUUCUUUUCUACUGGAGUUCACUCCUAUCCCGUGACCAGCGACAACCUCAACUGCCGCUCCGGUCCAGGCACGGCCUUCGCCAUUAAGAAAUCCUACAAAAACGGCCAGGAUGUCACUAUCACCUGCCAGACUGAGGGUGACAACAUCGAGGGAAAUUCCAUCUGGGAUAAGACCUCUGACGGCUGCUACGUUGCCGAUAAAUACGUCAAGACCGGAAAGGACGGCUACGUCAAGGGCAAAUGCACCAACGUCCCUAAACCUCCCAAGAACAACAAAAUUCCAGGUCCUAGGGUCAACGACUAUCCCUACAAGAACAGCUGCGGCCCAGCGGACAAGUGGCUCUACUUCAAGUGCCAAUGCACCAGCUUCGUGGCAUGGCGCGUGAAUGAGCGCCUGGGCAUCAAGUUCCACAACAAGUACAAGGGGAAGGCGUGGGGAAAUGGGAAUCAGUGGGAUGAGGCUGCUAGGGCGAGUGGUGUGAGGGUUGAUAAUAAGCCUGUGCCGGGCUGUAUUGCUCAGACUAAUGCUGGGCAAUUCGGACAUGUUGCUUGGGUUUCUGCUGUCGAUGGGGAUAUGGUUACUGUUGAGGAGUAUAACUGGAACAAUCACAGGGCUUAUGGGACGCGCAGGGUUCAUAAGAGCAAGUUUAAUUACAUCCAUCUCAAGGUCUAA